GAUUUAGCAGCUAAGAGGGUCUUAUGGGGAGAGUUAAGGGAUAUGAUUGCCAAUGCAGGGGACAAAUGGUGCGUAGUUGGGGACUUCAACGCUGUAAAAUCAGCACAAGAAAGAACGGGUGGAAGGAGUUCAAAUAUUGAAAUAAGGAACUUCGAGGCUUUCAUAGAGGAAACUGAAAAGUGGUUACAGGAAUGGGAACAAUUGAAGCAAUGGGGAUUGACAAGAUCUGUUUCCGAUCACUGUCUGGUUGUCUUAAAGACUCUUGAAAGGGAUUGGGGCCCAAAACCUUUUAAGUUUUUUGACGCAUGGUGGCAGACUCCGAGGUUUACAGAACUAUUAAUUGAGCAGUGGAAAUCCUUUGAAGUGACAGGAUGGAAAAGAUUCUGCUUAAAGGAAAAAUUGAAGAAGCUCAAAGGAUUCUUAAAAGGAUGGAGUAACGAGCAGAUGGGGGACUUAGAAUCUAAGAUAGAGGAAGCAAAAAAGAAGGUGGAGGAACUAGAUAUAAGGGCUGAAUCCCAUUCACUAUCUACGGAUGAAGACAAAAUGAGAAAAGCUUGCCAGGAGGAAUUAUGGAAGAAUCUAAGGCUACAAGAGAUGAUGUGGAGACAAAAAGCAAGGAAACAGUGGGACAGUGGGCCGGUGGUAGAAAAAGAAGUUGGGUUGGGAGAUAAUAGUGAUAUGGGAUGGGUUGUUAGUCAAGGAGGGAUGACUAGCACGGGAAAGAAAGGGCCCGAAGUGGCUUGCGAGGAGGGUUCUUCUCUGAACCGCGAUCUGGAAGUCAAGGAAUUAGGGGGCAGACGGCGAAGGCAGGUAGAAGACUGCUAUCCAGAUAUUUUCUCGGAGCUACGGACAACAAAGACGCAGGGGGCAAUUUCGAGAACAAAGCGGAAACAGAGAGGGAGAGCAGACUUCCCUCAGGGCGCAGCGAGCCAGGAAAGAGAUUGGGCAUUCAAUUCCAAGACAAUGAAGGGGAAGUGCAGUCCCGAUUGGGGCUUGGGUAGUGUGUUGAAGAGGAAGGAAGUAGGAAAAUUAGUGAGAAUGGAACACCCGGACUUUUUAUUCUUGCAAGAAACUAAGUUAGAAAAGGUGGAUGACCACUUGUGUAGAAUGAUGUGGGAUUCGAGAGAUUUUGGCUGGGAAAUGAAGGAAUCGAUAGGAGCUUCAGGAGGCUUAUUGUGUUUUUGGAAUAAGGUGAAUUUCACUAAGACAGGAGAUUCCACGGGUGACGAGUAUUUGAGAAUAACUGGGGAGUGGGGAAUACAGAAGGUGAAGUAUAAUCUGGUAAAUGUUUAUGGUCCAAAUGAUAGACAGAAACGGUUAAAGCUAUGGGAGGAGUUAAGGAUCAUGAUUACAGAAGAGGGAGGACGAUGGUUGAUUGCGGGAGAUUUCAAUGCUGUUAGAUGUCUUGAGGAAAGAAGGGGAAGAACAGGGGAAAGCCCAGAUAUGAAGGAUUUUGAUGGGUUUAUUCAAUCAGCAGGAUUAAUUGAUAUUAAAAUGGUUAAUAGGCGUUUCACAUGGUACAGACCAGAUGGCACAGCCAUGAGCAGACUGGAUAGAGUCUUGAUGAAUGCAGAGAUGUACAGUAUGGGUGUAGAGUGGGUGCAACAGGGCUUGAAACGAAAUAUUUCUGACCACUGUGCAAUUGUGUUGAAAAAAAGAACAGUGGAUUGGGGACCAAGGCCAUUUCGAGUCUUGGAUGCUUGGCAACUUCAUCCGAAUUUUAAGAAGGUUAUCGAGGAGAAGUGGAGCGCAAUGGAGGCGGUUAAAAAGGUUGAGCUUGUUGAUUUGAAAAAUGAAGAUUUUGAUUUGGAUGAUUAUGAGAUUCUUCAAAGACAAGAAGGAUUUCAGAAUAUGUGGGAUAUAUUGAGGAAGAGAGAAGUGAUAUGGAAACAAAAGUCAAGAAGCAAUUGGGUACGAGAAGGAGAUGCAAACACGCGAUUCUUCCAUAGAGUAGCAAAUGGUAGAAAGGCCCAAAAUCAUAUCACAGGUUUAUGGUGUGAUGGUUUUUGGGUGGAAGAACCAAUACAAGUUAAGAAGGAGGUGGUUAAUUAUUUUAGCAAGCUUUUCCAAGGAGAUACGUGGAAUAGACCAAAGCCUUAUGGGGUUAACUUCAAGCAGAUUUCUACAGAGGACAAACAGUGGCUUGAACGACCAUUCUCCAUUGAGGAAAUUGAAGAAGGAUUGCGAAGUUGUGAAGGCUCUAAAGCUCUGGGUCCAGACGGGUAUAAUUUUUCUUUUCUCAAGUUUGCAUGGAAUAGUUUAAAGGAGGAUUUUAUGAGCUUCUUUAAAGAGUUUCAUCGGAAUGGUCGAUUGGUUAGUGGUUUGAACUCAUCUUUUCUAACUUUAAUUCCUAAAAAGCUUAAUGCUGGGAACUUAAAGGAUUAUAGACCUAUUAGCUUGAUCGGGUGUAUGUAUAAGUUGUUAUCAAAAGUGUUAGCUAAUAGACUUAAAGCUGUUUUGCCGGGGAUUAUCAGUGAAUCUCAAUCAGCUUUCCUGGGAGGACGUCAACUAGUUGAUGGUGUAUUGGUGUUGAAUGAGGUGGUGGAGGAAGUUAAGAGAAGGAAACAGUCGGCAUUUAUCUUUAAGGCUGAUUUUGCAAAGGCAUACGAUUGUGUGGACUGGACAUUCUUGGAAUGGAUGAUGGACAGAUUGGGGUUUGGAAUCAAGUGGAAAGGUUGGAUCAUGGAAUGCUUGUCGACUUUUAAAAUAUCAGUUCUAAUUAAUGGCAGCCCAACGGAGGAGUUCAAAGCUGGAAAAGGACUACGACAAGGCGACCCGUUAUCGCCUUUUCUUUUCUUGAUGAUUGGAGAGGGAUUAAAUGGUUUGGUCCAAAAAGCAGUAUCGGAGGGUAUGUUGAGAGGUAUAGAGAUUGGCAUGAGGGGAUUAGCUAUUUCUUUACUUCAAUUCGCAGACGACACAAUCAUUAUGGGAAAAGCUGCCACAGAGAACAUUUUUAUGGUCAAAACAAUUCUGCGAUGGUUCGAACUGAUGUCUGGUCUGCAAAUCAAUUUUAGCAAGAGUAACAUUUAUGGGUAUAAUGUGCCAACGAGAUGGGUAGAAGGAUCAGCCAGCAUGUUGCGUUGUGGUGUUGGGAAAUCACAUUUUUGUUAUUUGGGAAUGCCUGUUGAUGGAAAUCCUGGGAAUAAGAAGUUAUGGGAGCCGCUAGUGAAUAAAUUUCGAGCCAAACUUGCUGUCUGGAAAGCUGCUUUGCUGUCCUUUGGUGGCCGCCUCACUUUGCUCAACUCGGUACUUUCUGCUCUACCCAUUUUUUAUAUGUCGUUGUUCUUAAUUCCAAAUUCUGUGAUGAUUGAAUUGAUUAGUAUUCAGAGAAAUUUUCUAUGGGGAGGGGUAGAGGGGCAGAGGAAGAUCUUGUGGGUGAAAUGGGAUAAGGUGUGUGGGAGUAAGGUAAAAGGGGGAUUAGGGGUAACAAACCUGCAUAGGAAGAAUUGGGCUUUGCUAGGGAAGUGGUGGUAUGGGUUUGGAGAGGAUGUGGAGAGCUUAUGGAAAAGGAUUGUAACGGAGAAAUAUUACGGGGGGAACAGGGAUGAGGUGGACAUUACAGCAGUGGGGAAUUGGAGAACGUCUAGAAUAUGGAAAGAUAUUAUUAGUAUAGGGGGUUGCUCUAGGAGGCUUAAAAAUAUGUUAGUGGAGGGUUUUAGGUGGGAAGUGGGGGAAGGGAACCGAGUGAGUUUUUGGAGAGAUCUAUGGGUCGGGAAUAAAAAUUUACGGGAUUUAUGCCCAAGGUUGUAUGAGCUAUCUAAGAACAAGUUGGGUAAUAUUAGUGAUAUGGGGGUAUGGGAGGGGGAAAAAUGGAGCUGGAAAAUGGAUUGGAGGAGAGGGAGAAUAGGUCGAGAGAAGGAUGAGGAGGAGGUGUUGUGGGAGAGGUUGGAUAGUAUUCAAUUAAAGAAAGGUGUGAAAGACUUUUGGAGGUGGGUUCAUGAUUCGGAGGGAAAUUUCAUGGUGAGGAAGGCUUAUGAAUUUUUAGCUCUUACAGAGAGUAUUUUAGAGGACCAAUUGAGCAAGCUAAUUUGGUGUAGAUUAGUACCAUCCAAAGUGUCUUUUUUUGGGUGGAGACUAUGCCUUGAUAGGUUACCAACUAAGUGGAAUAUUAUGAAAAGAGGGGUUUUCUUGCAGGAGGAGGAGUUAAUGUGUGGUUUGUGUGGUAGCAUGGUUGAAGAAGCUAACCAUUUAUUUUGUAUGUGUAAAGAAGCCUGGAUUAUUUGGGUAGAGGUUCUGAAGUGGUGGGGCAUGGAGACUGUUAUGCCUAAUAAUGUAUUAGGAGUGGUAGACAUUUUUGUACAAGAUGUGGGUAGGAUAAUAGGGAAGGAGAUGGGGGCUUGCAUCUUUCUUAUUGUCUCAUGGUAUCUUUGGUAUUGGAGAAAUGGUAAGGUGUUUAAUAGUGGAGAUAACAUUAGGGGAAGAUUAGUAGAUAUGGUUCAAGCCAAGUCAUUCUUUUGGAUCAAAAACAAGAUACAAGGCUGUGUUUUUUCUUUUCAUGAGUGGAAAGUAAAUCCAGUUGAGUGUGCUUCAUCAAUGAGAAGAUACAAACGGGAGCUGAAGCUGGUCCACAAACAGCAGAAAGGAAUGGCGACAGAGUAAGAUUUGAGGGGAGUGAGUGUCAUCAGCGUUUUGCAGCAGUCUGGAAGUUCGUCAUUUUCAUGUAGUACUUUGGCUGUCUACUUCUUUGGUUAAAAUGUUUCAUUUGAAUUUAGGAUGCAGAUUGUGUUUUGAAGUUCCAGUUGUUGUGAUCUUUGUAACAUCCCAGCUGAUUUUGUAUUUGUAAUAGGCAGGAGUACCCCUUGUGCUCCAUAAAAUAAAUUUAUCUUUGCUGA